AUGAGAAGGAGAGUGAAACUUGCAUUUAUGGUCAACGAUUCCGCAAGGAAUAUAACUUACACCAAAAGAAAAAAGAGUCUAAUCAAAAAGAUUGAUGAACUUGCAACUCUUUGUGAAAUUGAAGCUUGUGCUAUAGCUUAUAGCGACUUUCAUCCAAAGACGGAGAUUUGGCCUUCCCCGUGGGAGGUCCAAGGAGUCGUUACAAAGUUUAGAAGUUAUUCUGAUUUUGAGAAAGGUAACAAGAUGCUGAACAAAAAGAGUUUUUUGAUGCAAAGGAUUGUGAAAUCUAAAGAACAAUUGGUGAAAUUGCGGAAAAGCAAUUGGGAGGUGGAUAAGUCAUUGAUCUUAUUUCAAUGUCUUGUCAAAGAAAACUUUAUCGACACUUUGAAUACAAAUACUUUGAAUGACCUAACAUAUGAUAUUAAUGAGAAGCUGAAGAAAGUUACUUCAAAGAUAAAUGAACUGGAUACAAAUGUAACCAUCUAA